GGUUCUCCGAACCACUUCAUCAACUCACAACGAGGCGGCGGGCAUAUAAGGCUGCGAGGUGUUCAUUCUUGCCUGACAUCUGUCUGUCUCAGAUCUCAGUCCGAAUCUUCACAGUUUAAAGUUUGGACUUAAACAACUUUGUUAAACUUUACCAAUUUUUUUGUCUAACUAUAAAAUUAUUUUUUUUCAUAUUACAACAUUGCAAGAAUAAAAAAGUAGAAAAGUUUUUUUUGUUCCGUUGUGACAAGAGAUUGAUUUUUUUUAAUUACAAGGGAUAUAGAUCGAUGCCAACUGGAAGAAAGAUGCAUGCAAGAAAACUUUGAUGAACUAGGUCUAUUUACGCCUGUCCGCGGCUUGAAAUAAAUCUACAAUAUUAACCACCUAUACAAGCAUAGAUAUUGGCUUCGAUUUAGUACAUUCAAGUAACGGGGAAAUAAAAUAAAGGAUAAUAUAAACCUGGAUUGGAUUCGAAUAAGUGAACUCGUUUUCUGCACACAAAUAAGUUCAUCUAUUUGACACACAAUUUCUACUGGACUUUAAGGCUCUGUCGCCAGCAUUUCGGUCCUAUCGCCAAUCAUGGUCGCACUUGGAGCAAUUUUCGGACUCGAAGAGGUCAUGCAAGUCCGAGUUCUAAAGAUGGCAGCCGCGGAGCUGUGCGGGGCGGCGAUACUGGUUCUCAUCGGAUGUGGCUCUGUGGGGACCCUGAGCCCCGGCGCAAGUCCGCCCACUAUGUCCGUUGGUCUCGCUUUCGGGCUGGCUCUGGCUUUGGCUAUAUGGGUCUUUGGGCAUACCAGUGGCGCGCACGUGAACCCAGCGGUGACCAUCGGCUUUCUGGUGACUGGACACAUGGGUGUCUUAAAGAGUGCGCUGUAUAUCGUGUUCCAGCUCCUUGGAGCCAUAAUCGGAGCCGGAAUACUUUGUUUGUCAAUACCGGAGCCAUGGAGAGGUGGUCUAGGUAGUACCACACUGGCAGAGGGGGUCGAACAGUGGCAGGGUUUCCUUAUCGAGAUGGUCACCACCUUUCUUCUAGUGCUGACUGUGAUGGCCAGCAGUGAUAGACUGCGAACUGACCACAGCGGGUCAACGGCACUGAGUAUCGGACUCUGUGUGACGGCCAAUAUUGCUUGGAGCGGCACUGUAACGGGAGGCAGCAUGAACCCAGCUCGUUCUUUGGGUCCAGCAGUAUGGUCUGGGAUAUGGGCCAACCAUUGGAUUUAUUGGGUGGCUCCCAGCGUCGGCGCCAUAGCAGCCGCCCUCCUGUACCAGCACGUGUUCUCCGUCAAGACGCAAGAGUCGGACUCCGGCCUGAGGUUCACCGACACUCCUGCCGGGAAGCGAGACAACUUUCUGGAGUACGCCAUCGACAUUGACAGCCCCGGGGGCAGCAGGAGGAUGGAAAGCCCGCUCCCUCACCCCAAGCUCAGCUUCUUGAUGGGCAAGUUCGGGCGCCAGAACAGCCGAAACAUAGUCCGCAUCAACAGCGUCCAGAGUAACGGGCCAGACAGCGGGAGCAACAUGAAUGACGAUAGCUCCGAGGCAGGCAGCACGCGUGGGCUGACCACCAUGAGCAAUGAGUGGGGCGUCGACAAAAGGUUCACCAUCACCAAAAUGUGAAAGGGUAAUAAUGGGUUGAACCCCCCUUUGUAAAAGAGUAACGGAGAUAAAAGGUCAAAGUUCACCAUUUACCUGAAGAAGAAAAAAAAAGGUAAAAGGCCAUGUGUUCACCAAUUCGGGUUUCUUUAAAUUGUCAUGAAUAUUUUGACCACUCCGUUUAAAGCAUAUGAAAAAGCACAAGGUCUUCGUAACAUUCCAUAGCAAUUGUCUGAUCUAAAUAUAUAGACAUUAUACUGCUAAAGCCUGACCUAUAUGUUUAAAAACAUUCCAAUGUUUUCCAUAUAAAUUAUGACAAAGUACCUAAUUCUUGCCUGGGAAGUAGAUAUACAACAUACAUUUCCUCUUUGCCACGCAAUACUGUCUACUAAUUGAAAAAGAGAAUGUCUUCGGAAUAGGCGCCAUAGCUCACCGAACUAUGAUUCAAACUAUUAUAAUCUUGUAGUGUUUGAAUCUUGACUAGUUAUGAACCAACAUCGAUCUUAUAUAUGUAUAUGUGGGAAGCGUGGUCGAGAGGCUAAGUUCGCUUGAACUUGGCUUGUCUUGGCUACCUAGAAGGGGGCUCGAGGUUCGACACCCGACUCGGGCAGAGUUGCGUUUACUGAGCGCCUAGAGGCAGCACGGAAAAUCAACUCUUAUAUACCCCAUUCCCCCCACUGGUCCACAAAUGAGAUUGGACCAAAGCGCUCUGAGCAUGCUGCUAGCAUGAAAGUAGCGCUAUAUAAAAGCUAUAAUAAUAUAAUAAUAAUGUAAUAACAAAUCUUACAAAUAUUGCGAAUGUGUAUUAAAUAGUAAAUGAAGGGAAUGGGCCUAGAUAAUUAUUUCUUAAAGAUUUUGCAACUUUCAUAAUUAUCAAUGCCAUUGUUAUGGGCUGUAAUAAAAAAAAAUAAUUAAAAAAUCUUAGCUUUUAUAUAGCGCUACUUUCAUACUUAUAGCGCUUUGGUCCAAUCUCAUUUGUGGACCGGUGAGGGAGGGGGGCAGGGGGUUUCUGUGAGAAGCUUUUCCGUGCUGCCUGUAGGCGCUCAGUAAAAACAACUCUGCUCGAGUCGGGUGUCGAACCUCGAGCCCCCUUCAUAUGAGACAAGCCAAGCCAAGUUCAAGCGUAUCACGCUUCCUGUAUAGCAUAUCAAACUAUGUGGUAAAUUUCAAACACUGACCGCCUAAUAAAGUAUAUUGAUGUAUCUCUGACAGCAUGAUCAGUGGAUGCUGUAUUUCGCGAUACCGUGAUUAUCAUUUCACACUGACCAGCCAAAGUGCAAAUUGGCUAAUCAUUUCGCGAUUAAUUUGAAGUACACAGGGUAUUGGUCAGACGCUACGGCCAUUUCCAUUCUGCGAACUGGCCACACUUCAGGUUUUGACCAUAACAAAUAUUACACACACACAAAAACAACAGUAUAAACUUUUAAUAAUUGUAGAACAAGGAUAUACUAUACAGGAAGGCUCAAUUUCUUCCUUGUAUACUGUAAUAAAGAACAGGUCAGAUAACUCCUGUUUUAAGUUAAGCCAUAUUAUUUGAUGAGUUGUGCUUCCUGAAACAAAAUAAUAGCAUUGUUUGUGUACAAUUUCCUGUGUAAUAUGUCUUGUUAAUUAUUUGUAUUUACGUAUUAUUGACCUCGAGAUUAAUUAACAUAUUGCCACUAUUAACCAUUAACCGACUGAUAUGUCCAUUCAUUGCAAGGAAGUUUUCUUAGUUUAUUUUAG